AUGUCCGUAAGAAGGUUCUGUUUGAACCACCAGCUGCAACGAAAACGACAUGUGACAGACGCUCAGCUUGAAAUUGCGAUCACGUCGUCCAUAGAGAAGGACCAAGAGAUGCUGAGUUUGGAGGAUAAUACAACAAAAUUUUGUGUGUCCAACCUGGUAUGUCAAGUGAGCCAAAUUGGAUUGGGCAGAGUCGUACAGUCCUGGAAUGCCCAUAGAAUACCAGGCAGAGGGAUACCGAACCAACUUGCAGCAGCUGGCUGCCCCUCUAGAAUCCCAAUUGAGUUGAUGGCUGAUGCUUCUGAGGCAGCACACAUGUAUGAGCAGGAACUGGGGUCUUCUCUCACCUGGGUAUCUUCCUUCACAAGAUCCAUUUUCAUCUGA